UCGUCGUUGACACGAUUCGAAAUCUUUGGACGAAUACGAAACCAGUGGCAACUUGUGCAAAACACCACGAGUGCGUUCGUUUUCGCGUAUCGUGUGCCUGUGUGCGAGGUAACGCUUCCGCCUGAUCGAACUCGGAACUAGUAAUCGAACAUGCCUGUUAGUCGCCAUGAUUUUACGAAAUCGUUCUCCGCGAAUACGCUAUUGUAAAGAACACGUUUCGUCACUUUGUACCACUCGAAAAUCGAUACACGGAACCCUUUGCUAUCGUAUAGCGACAGCUUGGUAUCCAACCGAGCCAGACCCGAUCCGAAUCGUCGGUCAACGAUCGAACGCGUUUCAUCUUAUGCGGUGACGCGUGCAUGGAAACGCGAGCGCGCGAGAGCGAGAGCAAGAACUUUGUACAACGUUACGAUGAACGCAAAUGUGGUAUAUUUUUUGUAAACAUCGUUUCGCUAACCGACGCAACACUGGACCAGCUACGACCGGUGUACGCGUCGAUCUAUACACGAUAGGUACAUGUAAUUUGUAUACGUACGCGAUUAUUUACGUAGAUUCGGAUACAUAGAAGGAAACGCUGAAUUUGUAAAACUUUGAUUCGUUGCUGGCAAUUCGGAAAAUGGAAGAAAAUUGCGAAAUCCAUCGAUACCGAUACAUUUGUUGCAUCGCGCGUACGCGCAAUACGCGUAUACGUACCGUUUAGGCACGACGACUCGAAUCUUUAAACUUGAAACGACUAGAAUGCUUUGUCGGUGAUAAUAAUCUUGUAGUCGUAGCAAACAGUACAAGUUAAUUAAUAAAUGCGAUAACUUGGUACCAUGAUUCAACACUGACUAGACAGUACACUGAACGAUAAAACACGAUUCAAUCAUAUAAUAACAAGUCUGCAUCGAAACGCGUUACUUUGUACGUUCGGUACAUAGCAUAGAACAUGGUACUAUCGUGAUUGUUAUCGUUAUCGUUAUCGUUAUCACCGUCGUUAUUAUCGUCGUCGUGUUUUCGAUAGCGUGGGAGACCUAAACGAUCGAGCCUGGAGCCUGGACUACGCGUAAACGUACACGUACACGUACACACGCGUAAAACUUACCUAGUCACUGUCGUAGCGGACCUUUAUCGAAAUGCUUGUUAAAACACACGUUAUUCGAGAUAGCGUCAUUUUUAACAUUAACAUCGUUGCUAAUCGAUACCUCUCGCAGUUCGUAUCUACGCGCGACAUGACACGAUCAGGAUAAUCGUCGAGUAUCCAAAGGAAUAAGUAUCCCUCUUUUCCAUUAUAUACCUAUACCUAUUCCUAUACGCUUGAAAUUCCAUUGAUACCUUACUUUCGCUUGUUACCAACCAAAAUUAACCAUGCUGUCUACCGUAUCGAGUACAACCGGAACAACGGAUGCAGUUGACGGUGAAAUUAAAAUACUGUUCCCUGAAAUCGUUCAACAGAAGAUAAACACUGUCGAAUUUCUAGCUGCGGCACGUGGCGUUGCCAGAAUAGUGGAUAAACUCGGCAAAGUCUUUGCUCCCGUCAAAUAUGAUAUUCAAGGCAAUAUCGAUAAACUCACAGCUCGGUACGCGACUAAUAUGGAACAAAAUGUAACCUUGCAGGACAUGAUUCUAUUUGAAAAAGCUACCGAAACCAAGUUAAUCGCUAUGGAUGCUCUGUUAUGGCUGACUAGAGGAUUACACAUGAUUUUACUAUUUUUCGAAAAAAUUGUCGAAGACGGUAAAACAGAUUCGCCGACGGAAGAUUUGGUAGCGUUUCUUAAAAAAUCUUACAAGGAGGCUCUAGAACCGUACCACGGUUGGAUGGCGCAACAGCUUUUCGAUAUUCUUUCUCGCAUGGUUCCCACACGCUUGCAACUUUUGUCUGCAUUGAGUACAAGCGAAAAUCCCGACAAACACGAUAUUGUUCUGAGAGACAUGGAAAUUUACUUGACGAAUCUGCGGAAAAAUGUUUCGAUCAUUCAGAUGUUUUAUAAAACCCAUAAUCUUGGAAAUGCAAGAUGAAAAUCACGAAGGUCUGCCAAAUUCUUCAAGGCGAUCGCACCCGUAACAAUUUCAAGAAAAAGAAGACCGAUCAUAAAAUAAUGGACAAAUACAUUGUUACGUUCGAACAAUGUUCUACGGUUGAAAACAAGGAACAUUUCCAGAGGGAGUUGUAUCAGCAGCGAAAUCAACCAACAAGCUGCCAAUUCUGGAAUCUAACAAACACCGUCUCCCAUGAUAGUUAACAAAUUCUGAACUAGAUAAUGCUUGCGAUGUAAAUGCGAUUGACUGUAAUUACCUUCCCACCAAGAUUUCCAAGAUAUCCCAAAUAUAACUUCAAACUGUCGGACACCAAGAGUAUCGCAAAUAUUACCAGCAGUAUCGCGUUGCAAAUAUCCCUUACGUACUUACUGUACUGAAAAAGACAAACAGAAAUCACCAGAUUAAUCGAUUGAAUUUGCCUAAAAGUAACUUUCACACUUUACACAUUGUACGCAACAGAUCACACAAAUGAUAUUUACAUUCAAAUCCAAAUUGUAAGCAACUACCGAUAACCAAAUCGGAAAGAACCAAAGGUUAAUGUACAGAACUAUUUGAAACGGCAAA